AAGAUUUAGGGAAAGAAAGCCCAAUGAAUGACAACUUCAGAAUACAUGUGCUGCAAAUAAAACCACGUCAUGGCUUUGACAGAAACGGAUCACAAUGGGAAAAGGACCGGACUGAUUAACGCUUUAAAAUCUGGUGUCAGAAAAGAGUUUCCAGCGAAGGACGCGGAGUUCAGCACAGAGGGUCUCCCGAAAGCUUUCCUUCACAGUUUGCGGACUUUAUUCGAUAUUCUUGACGAUGGACGACGAGGUUACGUUCACAUAUCGGAGAUUGAGAGUCGGUGGCGCGGCGCGGAGGCUCGGGAUUUACCCGCGGGAGUUGUGGAGAGUUUGAGGCGGGUCACACCACAUCACGGCUGUCUGAGUUUCGAGCGGUUCGUUGCGGGACUCAGAAACUCGCUGCUCACACAGCACUGCCAAUCACAGCAGAGUCAAUGUAAAGUUCGGCCACUCGGACCGAGUAACGGAAUAAACACGCACCACAGCCGGCAGAUGGGUCGGAACCGACACCACCAGGGUUCUGGAUGUUCCAACAAAUCCGCUGAAUCUUCUCAAGCAUCUCUGGGCUGUGGGGGGUUCGACAGAUCCGGGUGUCAGCAUCAGUCCAGUCAGAUCCGAUCCAUUGAUUCACUCGCUCUCGAAUUUCCUCAUGACCCAAACACAUUUGACAGUGUCAGUCUGCCUCGAUCACAGAGUGAAACUGCAACAGGGUUCAUGAGGUCACGACGGCACAGGAAGAGCCGCGAUGAACGGAGGCGCCACACCAUCACAAACGGAGUGGAUUAUGGAAUGGUAAAGAAAUAA